AUGGAAAAAAGUUUGGAAAGGGAUGAGAAAGAUUACGCGAUAGGACUUUGUCGAUUCGUGUUAAAACCAAUCGGACUUUGGUCGAUGAUUUAUGGAGACGUGUCGCGUUUAGAAAAAAUGUUAUCCUGUGUAUUAGCCGUAACUUGUUUUUCGAUAGUUUGUUUUGUCCUUUUACCAGCCGGUCUUUAUACAAUUUUAUACGAACAUAAUAUAAAUGCUAAAUUAAAAUUAUUUGGACCGGUUGGUUUUUGUUUAACUUCAACUAUCAAAUAUUGUUAUCUUGGAUUAAAGGGACAAGCUAUUGGACGUUGCAUCGAACACGUUGAAAAUGAUUGGAAAAUGGUGCGCGAUCGGAAUCAUCGAACGAUUAUGAUUGAAUAUGCUACACUCGGUAGAAAUCUUACAGUUCUUUGCGCAUUAUUUCUUUUCAGUGGUGGAAUGUCUUAUCAUACUGUUAUGACAUUAUCAUCGAGUAGAAAAAUUAAUGAUACUUUUACGAUAAGACCACUCACUUAUCCCGGAUACGACAAAUAUUUUGACGUACAAGCUAGCCCUACUUACGAAAUUGUCUUCUUUCUACACUGCGUUUGUGCAAUGGUCAUGUACAGCAUCACUACAGCUGCUUGUUGUUUGGCUGCUACUUUUGUUACACAUGCUUGUGGACAAAUACAGAUCGUUAUGAUGAGGCUGAGUGAUCUUGUCGAAGGUAAGGAAAGCAGUGAUAUUGAAUUAAAUCAUCGACUGGUUAUCAUCGUUCGGGAUCACGUCAAAACAUUAAGGUUUUCCAACCAAGUUGAAAAAGUUCUUCGGGAAGUAUGCUUGCUGGAAUUAAUAGCAUCAACAUUGAUCAUAUGCUUGCUCGAAUAUUAUUGUAUGAUGGAAUGGGAAAAUAAUGAUCCUAUAGCAACACUGACCUACUUCAUACUGUUAAUUUCUUUUACUUUUAAUAUAUUUAUAUUUUGUUAUAUCGGGGAAUUGCUCGUCGAUCAGUGUAAAAAAGUUGGAGCAGCAACAUACAAUGUGGAAUGGUAUCGUUUGCCUAAAAACGUUGGCCUUGGUCUAAUAUUAUUAAUAGCAAUUUCGAAUUAUCCACCAAAAAUCACUGCUGGAAAAUUAUUUGAACUAUCCCUUUUUACGUUUGGUAAAGUUCUUAAAACAUCCCUAAUUUAUCUAAACUUGAUUCGGACUAUCACGGAUUAA